AUGGAGGGCUACCUGGGCACAGUGCAGCCCGCCGCCCCCAACAGCACCCUCGCAGGUCUGAGCGCGGUGAACCUACUGGAUGCAGCGGCCCUGGCGAACCACACACGAGCCCUGCAGGAGCACCAGCAGUAUGUCGUGGGACUCUUCCUCUCCUGCCUCUACACCAUCUUCCUCUUCCCCAUCGGCUUUGUGGGCAACAUCCUGAUCCUGGUGGUGAACAUCAGCUUCCGUGAGAAGAUGACCAUCCCCGACCUGUACUUCAUCAACCUGGCCGCAGCAGACCUCAUCCUGGUGGCCGACUCGCUCAUCGAGGUGUUCAACCUGGACGAGCAGUACUACGACAUCACGGUGCUCUGCACCUUCAUGUCACUCUUCCUGCAGAUCAACAUGUACAGUAGCAUCUUCUUCCUCACCUGGAUGAGCUUCGACCGCUACGUCGCCCUGGCCCGGGCCAUGCGCGCCAGCCUCUUCCGCACCAAGCAGCAUGCCCGCCUCAGCUGCGGCCUCAUCUGGCUGGCCUCGGCCUCGGCCACACUGGUGCCCUUCACGGCUGUGCACUUGCAGCACACCAAAGAUGCCUGCUUCUGCUUCGCCGAUGUGCGGGAGGUGCAGUGGCUGGAGGUCAUUCUGGGCUUCAUCCUGCCCCUGGCUGUCAUUGGACUGUGCUACUCACUCAUCGCCCGGGUGCUGGUGGGCGCGCACCGGCACCGAGGCCUGCGGCCCCGGCGGCAGAAGGCACUGCGCAUGAUCUUUGCUGUGGUCCUCGUAUUCUUCAUCUGCUGGCUGCCUGAAAACGUCUUCAUCAGCGUGCACCUGCUGCAACGCCCCCAGCCGGGGGUGUCCUACUGCAAGCAGUCUUUCCGUCACGCCUACCCCCUGACAGGCCACAUCGUCAACCUUGCAGCCUUCUCCAACAGUUGCCUGAACCCUCUCAUUUACAGUUUUCUUGGGGAGACCUUCAGGGACAAGCUGCGGCUGUACAUCGAGCAGAAGACAAACAUGUUGGCACUAAACCGCUUCUGCCAUGCCGCCCUGAAGUCAGUGAUCCCAGACAGCACGGAGCCUUCAGACGUGAAGUUCAGCAGUGCAGUGUGA